AUGGAUAGGUUGAAGUUAGAUAUAGUGGGAAUUAGUGAAGUUCGGUGGCAGGAGGAACAAGACUUCUGGUCAGGUGACUACAGGGUUAUAAACACAAAAUCAAAUAGGGGUAAUGCAGGAGUAGGUUUAAUAAUGAAUAGGAAAAUAGGAAUGCGGGUAAGCUACUACAAACAGCAUAGUGAACGCAUUAUUGUGGCCAAGAUAGAUACGAAGCCCACACCUACUACAGUAGUACAAGUUUAUAUGCCAACUAGCUCUGCAGAUGACGAAGAAAUUGAAGAAAUGUAUGAUGAAAUAAAAGAAAUUAUUCAGAUUGUGAAGGGAGACGAAAAUUUAAUAGUCAUGGGUGACUGGAAUUCGAGUGUAGGAAAAGGGAGAGAAGGAAACAUAGUAGGUGAAUAUGGAUUGGGGGACAGAAAUGAAAGAGGAAGCCGCCUGGUAGAAUUUUGCACAGAGCACAACAUAAUCAUAACUAACACUUGGUUUAAGGAUCAUGAAAGAAGGUUGUAUACAUGGAAGAACCCUGGAGAUACUAAAAGGUAUCAGAUAGAUUAUAUAAUGGUAAGACAGAGAUUUAGGAACCAGGUUUUAAAUUGUAAGACAUUUCCAGGGGCAGAUGUGGACUCUGACCACAAUCUAUUGGUUAUGACCUGUAGAUUAAAACUGAAGAAACUGCAAAAAGGUGGGAAUUUAAGGAGAUGGGACCUGGAUAAACUAAAAGAACCAGAGGUUGUACAGAGAUUCAGGGAGAGCAUAAGGGAGCAAUUGACAGGAAUGGGGGAAAUAAAUACAGUAGAAGAAGAAUGGGUAGCUUUGAGGGAUGAAGUAGUGAAGGCAGCAGAGGAUCAGGUAGGUAAAAAGACGAGGGCUAGUAGAAAUCCUUGGGUAACAGAAGAAAUAUUGAAUUUAAUUGAUGAAAGGAGAAAAUAUAAAAAUGCAGUAAGUGAAACAGGCAAAAAGGAAUACAAACGUCUCAAAAAUGAGAUCGACAGGAAGUGCAAAAUGGCUUAG